AUUUUGUUCAAUUACAUCAUAUGCGCUUGUUUUUCUGUUGAUUGCGGAUCUAUCAAGAAGAUACAUAGAUCCAGAUUUCAGAACCUACCAACCCCACCAUUUCCCUUCUUCGGUGCUUCAAUACUAUUUGUAUACCUUACAAACAAAAAUCUCUUGAAUCCCGGGUUACAUUCUUCCUCUAAGAUGGGGAGGAGCUGGUUUCUGGCUCUUAUCCUCCUCCAAAUCAUUCCAUCGAAAACUGCUUUUACUGUUGGUGGUGGUGUGAGUAUUGGCGGAGGUAGGGGCGGGGGCGGAAGUGUUUGGGUUGGUGGAGGAAUCAACCCUCGCACACCAUCUGGGUCUCCAAAUUCAAGGCUAAGCAACGCUUACACAGCCCUUCAAGCCUGGAAAUCUGCAAUAACAGAUGAUCCACUUGGCAUUCUACACAGUUGGGUUGGAAACAAUGUCUGUUCUUAUAAAGGGGUUUUCUGUGUGGAUCCUCAAGAAGAAAUGUCCGGAGCACCGGGGCUUGUUGUUGCAGGAAUAGAUCUCAACCAUGCCAACCUCCAAGGCACUCUAGUCAAGGAACUCUCCCUCCUCUCAGACCUCACUCUCCUUCACCUUAACAGUAACAGAUUCACGGGUACAGUUCCAGAUGCCUUCGGAGAUCUCUCAUCUCUCACAGAGUUGGACCUCAGUAACAACCACUUCUCUGGUCCCUUCCCUACGGUCACUCUUCUCAUUCCAAACCUCAUUUACUUGGACCUAAGAUUCAACUACUUCUCAGGUCCCAUCCCGGAAGAGCUUUUCAACAAGAGACUGGACGCCAUCUUCCUCAACAACAACCAGUUUGAGGGCCAGAUUCCUUCAAAUUUUGGGAACUCACCAGCUUCUGUGAUAAAUUUAGCAAAUAACAAGUUCAGUGGAAACAUCCCUCCCAGUUUUGGUUACAUGGGUACUGCACUGAAGGAGGUGUUGUUCCUCAACAACCAGUUAACAGGUUGCAUUCCUGAGGGAGUGGGGUUUCUGACGCAAGUGGAAGUCAUGGACGUGAGCUUCAAUUCGUUGACGGGUCAUUUGCCGGACUCGAUAUCCUGCUUGAAUGAAAUUGAGGUUCUCAAUAUUGCUCAUAACCAGCUAUCCGGGGAUCUACCUGACCUGGUUUGUUCUCUGAGGAGUCUUCUUAAUCUUACUGUUUCUCACAAUUUCUUUUCUGGAUUUAGCCAGGAAUGCACCAAGUUGUUCUUCAGGAACGUGGGGUUUGAUUUCUCAGGGAACUGCAUUCCUGGAAAGAAUAUGCAGAGGCCUCAACCAGAGUGUUCUGUGAUACCCGGAGAUGGGUUGAGUUGUCUGAGGAUCCCUUCACCAAGGCCCCUGGUCUGUGGUUCAAUAGAUCAGACACCACAGGUCAAUCCUAGCACUUCUUCUUACAAGUUAGCUCCUUCCAACUCUCAUCCAUGAGAGAGAGAGAGAGAGAGAGAGAGGGAGGGGAGGGGGGGGGACCAUUACAUCUCUGUAUCACAGAGUCGGUGUUUGUUUCAUUUAAUGAGGGUAGUUAUGACUUAUGAACCAGAGCUUCAGGCAUUUAUUUUUUACAUGAAUGAAUUCAGUAAUGAAUUCAGUAUCCUGAUUUCUGAAUGGAUUAUUGUUUGUUUCCCUAUUUUGUAUAGAUAAGAAUCAAGAUGUAUGAAAAGACCAAAAGGAUAAAAGUAAGGAUUUAUUUGUCUUC